GCUACUUUAGGACCGUUAUUUAAGUCGAUUUCGCGACGAAAAUGUGCAGAAAAUGUGCCGGGAGCCGAGCUGUGAUGGACAAACAUGAAAAGUUCCACAGAAACGAGCUUUUGUAACUAAAACUCCGUUUUGACAUCACUUUCAUCAUAAUCUGAAUAAAAAUAAUAAUAAUAUAAAAAACCACAAAAAAUAUGAUAUAAAAAUAAAAAAAACACCAUCGAAAACGAAUCAAAAAAUAAUACAAACAAAUAUAAAACGCAAAUAAUUGAAAGUUACAGCAAAAAUACAUAAAAAAACCAAAAACAACAUAGCUCAAAAGUAAAAGUCAAAGCAAAAACUUUUUAAGUUUUUUGGACUCUUUGUUUUUGUUUCGUUUGCUUUGCAAAGAAAAAACACACACAAAUCGGAAAAACGAGAAUUUUUACGCCGCCCGUCGGUGUGAGCGAGACAGACAGACAGAGAGAGAGGGAGAAAAAGCGACUGCGCAAAUAAAAAAAUUAAAAACAAACAAACAAAAAAAAAAAACAAGCCAAGCUUGAAACGAAGACUUUCAAAUAAAACAACAACAAAACCAACAACAACAACAAACCAAACAAAUUGAAACGCUGUGAAAUUAACUCGUCAAUACUCAAAAGCACCAACAAAUAAAUAAAUAAAAGAAAAUAAAAGGCAAACUACGGAGGAGCAAGAAAAGCGGAGUUCAAAAAGAAAACGGCAAAAGCACUGAAAACAAAAAGCAACGGAAAACUAGAGGAAAAACAAAGCCAACGGCGCUGCGGCGUUCGAACUCUCGAAUAAAAAACAAAAUAAAACCGAAAAAAAUACACUUUGAAAAACGCUAAAUCAAUCCCAAAAUUCCUCAUUAUUUUUCCUGAAAAGCUUUAAUUUAAUUACGAAUUUUUUGUUGUUAAGUCAAAGUGAAUUAAAUUUGCUAAUUAAUUUAAAUUAAGACAAAACAACAACAGCAACCGAGCUACAAAAGCAGCAGCAACAACAAACAACAACCAACCAACAACAAACAACUGAAUUAAUGUUUUAAAGUACAAAAUAACCGGGAGUAAAUCAACAACAAAUAAUUUAAACAUAUUAAAAACGAUUUAAUUUAAAACGCAACAUCAAUCUAAAUUAUUUAACUACAAAAAAACAAACACUGCUAGUAUCUAAGUCGAAAAAAUAAAAACUUGGAAUAGCCCAAAAGGGCGGAAAGGAAGUGAGAGGCAGAGCGAUAAACGGAGGAAGCAGCAGGGAGAGCAGAAUAAAACCGAUUAAGCAACAAUUGUGCCGCAAAAAGUGUGAAUAGAAAUAAUAUAUACUACAAAUAUAACGGUAACAAUAAAGAAAACAUUUAAAACCAAAAAUCUACAAGAAUUCUAUAAGUUUUAAGUCACGUUUUACACAGACCUACAACAACAACAACACCAGCAAUUUAACUUAGCCAAUAAAUAAAAAAAUAUAUAUUAGUGAAGAAAAAACGGAUUAAGAAUAAAAUAUAUAUAUAGAAAUCGCAUAACAAACUCAAAACUGCGGCCUUGCGCCAAAGAAACAGUUUUUAUUUUUUCCAAUAAAACAUUGUUUUUUACUAGUUUUCAAUUCAGUUUUUUUUAUAAGUGUACCUAGUGAGAAAUGUUAAAAGUCUAAAACAGCAAAAGCAACUGCAACAAACGGAAGUAAAACGGAGAAAAGAAAAACAAAACAAAUUCAAAGAAAGAUUUAACAACUCUGUGAUAAUUACUGUAAAUUUAUAAAUUUAAAUAAACAAAAAAAGAAAAACGCAAAGGAAAACCACAAAAAAAAUCCCUAAUGGAAUGAAAGGCAAAACCCGUAAUUUUUAACAAUAGGCGAAGAAGAAGGAGCGAAGAGGAAGCUGAGAACAGAAAAACAUCUUAAACCAACAACAACAACAACAACUUUACACUUAAGAGCAAAUGCAAAUGAAAAGAUAAAAAACAUUGAAACAAAUUCGUGAUAUCUUAAAGGACUUCGAUACAUAUAUACUAUAGUAUAUUAUAUAUUAUAUUAUAUAAACUAUUAAACUAAGCUUAAAUCUAGUGAGCGAGAACAGAGAAAACAAAACAAAACAAAGGAAUAAGUGAAAAAUAACAAAACCAACCAACACAAAGCAAAAAUAAAAACCCUAGGUUAUAAAAAGACUUCAAAACGCAUUCAAAAAUAUAUAUAUUUAAACAAAACAAAACAAAACAAAAUAAAUCGUAGGCUUAAAGUUCAACAUAGAAAAUGAGCGAGGAUAACUCCACAUAACGGGUGUCCUAUAUCUAUUAUAUAUAAAAACAAAAGAAAACCUUAAACUCAUAAUUUUUGCUUAGUGAAUAGUAAAUGAAACAGCAAUAAAACAUCAACCGCAACAACAAACAAAUUAUACAAAUCGUGCAACCGAAAAGUAAUAGCAACGUACAGCGAAACAAAAUAGGAAAUCGACACUGAGAGAGAGGAACCGGAAACGGAAGUCCCGAGAAGAAGAAGCAGGAGAAGAUUCGAACCUCGUCCCCAAAAAUCAUCGUUGUACUAAGGGUAUUCGAAAGUAAAUUAAAAAUAAAUCACUACUACUUCCUAUAAACCACAACGAUUGCCUACAAAAUAUAUAUUAUAUAUAUGUAUACUAUAUAGAAAACAAAAAACAAUAUAAUCAAGCAAAACACAAAAUAUUCAAAUAUCAAACAAAAGCUAAUCUAACCCAAAAGUAAAAAGUAUUCCCAGUGUAUUUUUCUAGUAAAACUAAAGUAAAAAUAUAAAAAAAUCAACCAAAAUCAUUUCAAAAAAUGCAAUAAUUCAAUGAUAAUUCAAAACUCGAACAAAAAUAAACAAAAACACCAACGGCAGCAGCUGGUAUGCAUUUUCAUCGUAAAACAACAAUAUUUUGAAUACACAAAACAAGCAAAUAUAUAAAAAAAAACUUUAGAAAAAAAAACCUACAACAGACCCAGGAAGGAACUUCAAACUACCAAAACAAACCAACAACGUUACAAUAUUUGUCGGCAUUUUUUACAAGAAAAAAAACACACAACAACAAGGAACACAAAAACAAACCAACAACAGCAAAGGAAAGCUAAGAAAAACAACCAUUUUUUGCGGGGCAUGCCCUCAAGAAAAGAAAAAAUUUUUUAUUAACUUCGAAGACAAGGAAUUUCAGUGCCUCUUGUGCCAGUGUUUAGCCAAAAUAUAUAUACACAAAAAACAAAACAAACAAAUUAAAAACAAAAUACGUAUUUAUUGCUUAGUUUUUUCUCUUUGAUAUAAAAAACACAAAAAAUUAAAAAAAAAAAUAAAACCUAAAAAUACCCCUAAAGAGAAAACUAAAAAUAGAUCCAUAAAUCUGUUUUCGGUAAUUUUUCGCGCUUUCUUCAACUUCAACUCUCGUUCCAAUCGUUCUCGUCAUUCGCAUCCAUUAUCGGUUUACCGGGUUGGGUAUAACUGACCGUACAAUACCAACAACAUCGCAAUUACCAUCGCCAAGAACCAGUCUCCAAUUUGCUAGUCCUUAUCAGCAUUUUUCUUUGUUUGCUAAUAUCCAAUCAAUCAAUCCAACAUGAAUACCCAAUCGAAGGUGUACCGCACCGGCGAAGAAAUCUAUGACAACUUGCCAUGCGAUGGUUAUUUCAACAUGAAUGCCAUUCGCAAUCUGGGAAUUCCCACUACAUUUCCGACCAUUGGAACCUUUACGCUUGACUCAACUACGCUGGGAUUGCAGCCGCAAGGUCAGGGACCGUCGCCCCAGCAGCAUCAACAGCAGCAUCAACAGCAGCAGCAGCAGAAUAUGCAUCAUCACCAACAGCAGCAGCAGCAACACCAACAGCAGCAGCAUAUGCAACAGCAGCAGCAACAACAUCAGCAGCAGCAGCAGCAACAUCAACAGCAGCAACAACAUCAACAGCAGCAGCAACAUCAACAGCAGCAGCAGCAGCAACAUCAAAGCAUUGGAAUGUUUGAUGCCAACGAGGUUAACGACGUCAUCCAGAAUCCUCCUCAGAUCGGUGUAUUCCAAUCUAACAGCGUUUUGACCAACGGGGCUGGGAGCUCCUCUUCAAUCUUUGGCUCCCAGUCGAGCAAUUCUUCGGCCGCAGCAGCGGAUCCCAGCCAGACCACCCGGGAAACUGGCAUUAUCGAGAAGCUGCUGCACUCCUAUGGAUUCAUUCAGUGCUGCGAGCGGCAGGCGCGACUCUUCUUUCAUUUCUCGCAAUUCAGCGGUAAUAUUGAUCAUUUGAAAAUCGGAGAUCCCGUGGAGUUUGAGAUGACAUAUGAUCGCCGUACCGGCAAGCCGAUAGCUAGUCAAGUGUCUAAGAUAGCCCCUGAGGUUGUGCUUUCCGAGGAGCGCGUCACCGGCACGGUGACCACCGAGCUGCGCACGGAUAGCGCCAACAACGUGCUCAACUCCAGCGAGACCACCGGUCGCAUAAGCUAUGAGAACCGAGGCGAAUGCUUCUUCUUACCCUAUACCAAAGACGAUGUGGAGGGCAAUGUCAACUUGCGCGCUGGCGACAAGGUCAGCUUUCAAAUCGCAACGAACCAAAGAGGUAACCUAGGCGCCUGCCAUAUUCGCCUAGAGAAUCCGGCCCAGCCGGUCAAGUAUCGUGGCGUGGUCUGUUCGAUGAAGGAGUCGUUCGGCUUCAUCGAACGCGCCGAUGUGGUCAAGGAGAUAUUCUUUCACUUCUCGGAGGCCGAGGGCAAUGUGGAGCUGCGUCCCGGUGACGAUGUCGAGUUCACCAUCCAGACGCGGAGCGGCCGUGAAUUUGCGUGCAACAUCACGCGCCUAGCACCGGGAUCGGUUAUCUUCGAGGACGUGGACAGCACGGUGUAUAAGGGCCAGGUGCUCAAGUCCCUUGAUCGCAACAAUCCGGUGCGCCAGAACAAUGAUCCCUUGCCAGGUCGCAUCCGUUACAGGGCUUUGGAUUACUCCGAGGUGGAGGUACCGUUCGGGGACAAGGACCAGAAAGGUGAUUUCACCCUGCGUCAUGGUGAUUGGGUUCAGUUUCUACUCGCCACCGAUCGGCGUGAUCAAUUGCAGCGGGCCACCUCGAUUGCCCUGUUGGACGAGACCUUCAAGGUGUCCGGCGAGAAGAGAGAGCAGGGCACUAUUGCCUCACUGAAGGAGGGCUUCGGCUUCCUGCGCUGCGUAGAGCGGCAGGCACGUCUAUUUUUCCACUUUACUGAAGUUUUAGAUACGAGCCGCGAAAUCGAUGUCAACGAUGAGGUGGAAUUCACUGUCAUUCAGGAGCCUGGAUUGGCCUAUAAUAACUCGCGUUUGCAGGCCAUACGCAUUAAACACUUGCCGCCCAACUCAGUGCAAUUCGAAACUCUAAUGGCCAGCAACAUAGAGGGUUGCGUAACACGAGAGGCGCCCAAGAGCCCAAUUAAAUCUCAAGAUCGCGUUGAGGGCGGUGUUAUUACCUACGAGCAUGCCGAUGUUAAAAAGACUAUAAUGUAUUUUCUUAAAGACUGCGAAAAACCACCAAGGAUUGGGGAGCGAGUACGCUUCGAUAUUUACAUGGUCAAACGUAACAAGGAGUGUAUAGCUGUCAACGUACAGCAAGUUUCGCUGCAGCAACAGCAACAACAACAGCAGCAACAGCAGUUGCUUCUUAACCAGCCGAAUGCUGGAGGAAACCAGAAUGACCAGCUUUCUGGAUUGUCGAAUGGAAUCAGUAGCAGCAGCUCCAACGCCUCGCUGCAGAAUGGCUAUGUUAUGCACGGCAGCCCCGGUGGCAGCACCAGCAGCGUAGGCAGCAACAAUCCGGGCCACCUGGACGAUUUUAAGUUGGAGAACAACAAUCAUGCCGGAUCCGAGUCUGGUCAGGUGUACCGUGGCUUCAUAGCCGUUAUGAAGGAGAAUUUUGGAUUUAUUGAGACUUUGUCCCACGACGAGGAGGUCUUCUUUCACUUCAGCAACUAUCUGGGCAACCCCAACUGGUUGGAGUUGGGUCAGGAGGUGGAGUACACUCUUGCUCGGAACGGAAAUACCUCCGUUUCUGGAAAUUGUCUGCCGGCGGAGAAUGUUCGCAUGCUGCCCAAGAACUCUAUUCCUCAGCCGGCUGUGCUUGAAACCACGCACAAUGGCGUGGUGGCUCGUCCGCUGCGCUGCAUCAAUCCCGACCAGCAGGAGUACGCCGGUCUCAUUGAAAUUCUUGACGAGCUGCGCACCACUGUCAUUUCGCAACACGAGUUCGGGAUCACCAGUCUGGUGAACAAGAGGGAUCUGCUCCAGAAGGGCGAUCUUGUUAGCUUCCGCAUUGAUGAGAGCGGUCGGGCAGCGAACGUGAAUGCCGUCAGGCAAAAGAAACGCGCCACUGUGGACUCCAUUAAGGGACAGUUUGGUUUUCUCAACUUUGAGGUGGAGGAUGGCAAGAAGUUGUUCUUCCACAUGUCCGAGGUGCAGGGCAAUACUGUCGCUCUACAUCCAGGGGACACCGUGGAGUUCUCCGUGGUCACCAAUCAGCGCAAUGGAAAGUCUUCGGCUUGCAAUGUUCUGAAAAUAAACGAUCGUCCAGAUCGUCUGAUCUCGCGCCUCAAGCUCAACGGCGAUGACACUGUGCCGCGCCUAAUCCUCAUUCGUGCACCAAAGGGACCGCAGGGCAAAGGCUUUUCUGUUCUAGCGCGUCAUCCACGCAUUCCAGGCAUCUUGGUGGAGUAGAUUGCUGAAAAUGUUGCAUUAGCAAGACAGGAUAUUAGAUGCACAUCAAAGACACUUACCUACAGCUAUAUAUAUUCUUGUACGCAAGCCAUAAGCGAGCAGGCUACCAAUCAACCAACUAACAGCAACGUGAACUUGUCGCCCUAACCAUAUACACACACAUUUAUAACGAAUAUAAUCCCUAGAAGCAAGCAAACACUAUUGGAAACGAUCGUAAUUGAUAAUAAUUGAUAGCAAAGGCAUACAUUUAAUAUUUACGAAACUACUUAACGGCAACUCAACAAGAGAACUCUUCGUGUCUGAAAUCGAAACUUAUUUGUAAUAUUACCAACUAACCCCUCCACCAUUGAAACGCUUUGUUUUCAACUAGACGCAACCGUGAUCCGAGUUGUGGCCAGUUUAAAGCAAAAUGAAAUUGAAAUCCAAGUGUCUGAGAGAUGAAACCAAAACGUUUGUAUACGUAUACUAUUUUCUACUAGUUUGCUCUAAUUUUAACUAAUUAAAAACCAAUGCGAAAAACAAAGCAAAGUGAGAAAAAGGAACUAGCAACUUACAGGGCUUUCACAAAAAUUACUACAAGUUUGAAAUCACGUUUAAACGUAAUUUUAGAUUUCUUAAACAGCGUUUGGCACUUAAUACAAUGACAUUUUGUCUUUGAUUCGUGUGAGUAAUUUGCACGGAGCAGCUUAUUGAUGUGUGUGUGCCGACCUCUGUUGUAUACUGUUUGUGAGGCGGCAGAAAACGAACAGAGCUAUUCCCUAUGCCCACUUAAUGGGAAGCUGCCGACCGCUGAUCUAAAAGUAUAGAAGUUUUUCUGAAUGAAUUAAUUUAGCUAAAAUUUGAUUUAAAAGUGAUUUCAAAACCCUGGUGAUUUCUGUUGCACCCCAGUUAAUCUAUGAAGUAUUUAUUCUAGAAUGGCAUCGAAAUCCUUGCAUAAUUGCGUUAGAAAUUGUAUAAAUCAACACUCUCUAAAUACAUUUAUAUAUGGAUGCUUCUACUGUAUCUUGCUCUACUCGUAUUCUUUCGUACUUCUCGAAAACUGUUCUUUCACUGCUUUCAAUCUUACUGUUAACGAAUUAUAUUUAUUGAAUAAUUAUUGUUCUGCGGCGGCAACAGUUACGUAGAUCAACAACCGCAGUAGCAACGUCAAACAACAAAUCAAUCAAUGAAGUGAAUGAAGAAGAAAGUAUUUAUAUCUACAAGUACAUAUAUAUUUUACAUAUUCAUUAACGUAAUAAUAUUAAUUAUCAUUUCCUUUGAUUUGAUCUUUGCUUGUGAACACACACCAAGUUGUUUCGCCAAUUCUUUUUUUGCAUUCAGACGGUUGCAUUAACUUAUUACAUAGCAUCUACACCUUAAAUAUUUAUUUAAAGCAACAACAAAACGCAUUGCGAAAAUUCACAAAAAAAAAUUGAGCAGAGAAGUAAAUUACAAAAAGUUUUGUGUGACGAUGAAGAGCAAAUUUAAUUUGCUGCGCCAAAUCUGUUGAAACCAUUUAAUGAAGAUUAUAAAAAUAAUUUUUAAAAAAUCUAUAUACAUAUAUGGAAAAAAACUCAAAAAAAUAAUAAAAAAAAAAAAAAAACAAACCUUAUGAGCGUGUGUCGGUAACAAAGAGCAAAUAUUGUGAAAAUUAUGAAUUUCAAUUACUAAGAAACAAAAAAAAUAAUGUAAAAAAAACAUUUAACAAGCUAACAACAAAUUUGGGAUCAGUACGUCCUAUUAUAGCCAUGUUAUAUACAACUACAACAGCAAAAACCACAAAAACUUACACUAAGCAACACAGACACUCACAGACAAAAACCAGAACAAAGAGCAAGAAAAAAUAGUAACUUUAAUAUUGUAUAACGAUUAUACAUCUACAUAUACUAUAUAGAUAUAUGCCGGAUAUAUAUCCCGAGGGGUAUAUCCUGUCGGGCGGGUGGGGUAACUGAGGUUGAUGAAUUAGUCGACAGAAAUGCCAAACGCCAUCACAGCCCAAAACAUUUUCACAGCGGCCGGCACCUGGGCGUUUUGUCAUUCAUGCAAUGCAAGAAAUGAACAGCACAGUAACUAAAAUCCUUAUUAUGAAAAACCAACAAAAACAACAUAAAAAACAUUUAAAACAAAAUCUAAAAAAAAUCGAAAAAA